UUUAUGCUUAUCAACCCCUAAGCCACGAACGACAACUCUCCUCACAAGUUCACAACCCUAUCCCUGCUGGUUGGUUCAUGCUUGUUUCUCGGCCCGGCCAUGGCUCUUAGUCUUUCUCCUCCGCUGCAUAGCUUGGCUUUCCUCCAUCAGACUCCACAGCCUGCUCUCGCACUCCACCGAGCUCCCUCUUCGAAGACCAGAUUCCCGGCUAUUCGACUCCAGGCGAAGCCUAAUGAUCAUAGAGCUCGCAAAACAUCCUGGGAUUCCAAAACUCAGAAAGACCGAGUGCCUAAUCGCCCUCGUGCUACGACCUCCGAGACUACUCCAUCUGAAGGGACAGUGACAAAGGACAGAAAGCAGAACACCUAUGCAGAAGCAUACGCGAUUGCUAAACACAUACCGAUGUCUGCUAAUAAAGUGAGAAGGGUAAUCGAUCAGAUUCGUGGACGGUCAUACGAGGAAUCACUUAUGAUACUGGAGCUCAUGCCUUACCGAGCAUGUGAACCCGUUCUUAAAUUGGUUUAUUCUGCAGCAGCAAACGCCACUAACAACAUGGGUUUGGAUGAAGGAAGUUUAAUAGUUAGUAAAGCUGAAGUUAACGAGGGUGUUACUAGGAAAAAAGUUAGACCUCAAGCUCGGGGAAGAGCUUAUCAGAUAAGAAGGCGCAGUUGUCAUAUCACUGUUGUGGUGAAAGAUACAAGCUUGUAAUAACAAAAAGAUAUGCUUGCAACUUUUGAUACCAGUUCAAUCUGAGAGACAGGUCCAGCUUGUAAUGAAAUGUCAAAAGGCAUAGCAACAUUUAUAACUCCUUCGACCUUGGAUGCAAUGUUGCUCACUCCUAUGAUGACUAUUCAAUUAUCGAUUCAUUGUUAACUUUUUCCAGCA